CUUCAACUGGGGAACCAAAACUAGGGUUACCGUCGUCUCUCUCGCUCGUUCAGAUACAACAGAGGUUCCCACUGGGCUCAUCGCCGCCGGCGGAUAGACUCAGGAAGUUGCGGCGGCCGUUUCCUCCUCCUACAUCCGGCUUCUCAUCACUACGUCAUCCAUGGCUGCCCCAGCGACAAGGUCCUUCCUGCAAGUUGCGUCCACCGAGGAGGUUGCGUCGCCUCUCAGAGUUGUCCAGAUUGAGGGCCUUGUCGUAUUGAAGAUAAUCAAGCACUGCAAGGAGUUCUCUCCUGCCCUUGUGACGGGGCAACUGCUCGGAUUAGAUGUUGGCAGUGUUCUUGAAGUCACGAAUUGCUUCCCUUUUCCAAGUAGGGAGGAGGAUGAGGAAAUUGAAGCAGACGGUGCCAAUUACCAGCUUGAAAUGAUGAGGUGUCUUCGAGAAGUCAAUGUUGACAAUAACACUGUUGGAUGGUAUCAGUCUACAUUGUUAGGUUCUUACCAGACAGUGGAACUGAUUGAAACCUUCAUGAAUUACCAGGAGAAUAUCAGGCGAUGUGUUUGCAUAAUAUAUGAUCCUUCAAGGUCCAGCCAAGGUGUCUUAUCACUCAAGGCCUUGAAGCUCUCUGAUUCUUUCAUGGAACUCUACCGAAAUCACAAUUUCACUGGAGAGAAGUUAAGGGAGAAAAACUUGUCUUGGGUGGAUAUCUUCGAAGAAAUUCCUAUCAAGGUUUCAAAUUCUGCCCUUAUGAGUGCCUUUAUGACUGAGCUGGAAGCCGAUUCGCCAGUGACCCAGUGUGAUUAUGAUCGCCUCCAAUUAUCAAGUGGUCCAUUUGUGGAGAGGAACAUGGAAUUUUUGAUUGAGUGCAUGGAUGAUUUGUCAGUUGAACAACAAAAGUUCCAAUAUUACUAUAGGAACUUAUCAAGACAGCAGGUACAGCAGCAAGCAUGGCUACAGAAAAGAAGGGCUGAGAACUUUUCACGUAAAGCUGCUGGAGAGGAGCCUUUGCCUGAGGAGGAUCCAUCAAAUCCGAUUUUCAAGCCUAUCCCUGAGCCAUCUCGCUUGGAGAGCUUUCUUGUAACCAAUCAAAUCUCCAACUACUGCAACCAAAUCAAUGGGGUUUCGGGACAAAGCUUCAGCAGACUCUAUUUGAUGAAGGCAUUGCAUGACAAUUGACAAGAGAGUGGUUAUCUUUCUCUGCUCUCUAGUUUAAAUUUUUACAUUGUUUAGCAGUAAAAUGAUGUUUCAUGUUAUAUUAAGAAAAUUAUUUAGAGCACAUCCUUUUUGGUCAUUGCUCUUUCUUCUGUUGUAUUCGAGGCUUGUUUGAUCCUGAAGCUCUGAAGCAUACCAUUAAAUAACAUGAGAAUUUCGACGGAGGCUACUAUGAACUGUGGAAAAUUUUGAUGGAAAGUAGUGUAGUAGAAAGUGCCUUUCAACA